AUUAUUAUGCUUAUUAUUAUUGUGAAUUAUUAUUGUGUUUCCAACGCAAACACAAAAUAACGGGAAGUUUCUGAAGGAAGGACGAAUAAAUCUGAAGGACGAAUAAAUGAUUCAAAUGAGUUGGUUCUUUUAGUGAAUCAAAAACACAAUGAGAGCCUUGUUUUAAGAACAAAUGAUGUCUAUAGUCUAAAUGCAUGUGUAGAUACAUUUAUGCCAUUACACAGCCUGUUGUUUUUUGUUUUUUUUAUUCUAUGGUUAGUCUUUUUUAGAAGCAGCUUCUACGUAAAGAUAUCAUAACGCUUGUUUAAAUACCGUUUUUUUUUUUUAAAUCUUCAUUACUGGGAGGAACAUCUCAGCAGAGUGAAAGCAAAAUUGACUCAUCUCCGAGACGUCUCUCACACGCGGCCAAUAAGCUCCAUCGCUCCAGGGCUGAUUUCGUUCAGCGCUUGUUUGCGGCCGACUUCUCGCUGAUGCUAUAAAACGGCGUGGAGAACAGAAGAGAAGAGUGAGGGGGGAAAAGAUGCUGCAGAAGAUAGCAGGCACAGAGGAGAUGUAUCACACAUGACUCAUCCGUCACUCAACAGAGUUACAUAAGAGAGCCCGUUUUCAUCGUUUGUUGACAACGCCACACAUCCCUGCCGUCCUCGCGCCGGCUUUGAGGAACCGUGUCAAGCGUUCAGCAGCGUGUCUUGGACGGCUGGCGCCCCUUAGCGGUUUGAGACGCUUGCAUCAUGGCGUGCGCACACCAAUCUGCUACCAAUCACCUCAGACGCAUCAGAACAAUACUGGUGGCUGGUAUGAAAAACCUUCCUCUGAUCAUCGAGAAUCUUUAUGCGCAGAAAAUUUUCAAUGACUAUGAGGUCGAUGCUCUCAAAGCUGAGAGGUCCGAGUUUGAUAAAGCCAGAUGUAUAUUGGAUUGGGUCGUUAACAAAGGUGAAAUUGCCAGUUAUGAGUUACUCAGGAUUCUGGAUGUCACUCAGAAGAGGACGUUACAUCCUGAUUCACGCUGUUGGGUCAAUUGUUUUCCAUUCAGAGUGGAAGAUACAGAUACCAGUUAUUCAGUUGGUACAAAGCCCUGUCAGAUCUACCAGACACAGCUCAAGAUGAAAGCAAAAAGUAUCCUGAAGAACCAAAGGAAAUGUUGCCAUAAAUAUCUGGAUGACAAGGCAGCUAGUUUUAUACCUCUUGUCUUAGAGACUGACUCUGUUGUGAAAUCUCCUCAUUGCAAAAUAAAGUUGAAAAACAAAAAAUGCAAAAAAGCACGACCCAAAAAACUAAAAGCUUACAUUCCUAAUGAGGAACGAGCACUGUCACCCGAGCAUCUCCUGAAAUGGCAGGACAAGAACAUCCUUAUCAUAGGCAAACCUGGAAUAGGAAAGACUACGGUCGUCCAGGAAAUGUUGCGUCUGUGGUCAGAGAAAGAUGACAGAGAACUAGACUACAUGUUUUACUUUGAUGAAAGGGUUUUGGCCAGAAGUUCCAGCGCUCCCAGUUUAAAAUCAGUUUUGUUUGAUGUGUAUUUAAAACCAAAGGAUAAAGACAGAAAAGACGUGUUUCAAGAUAUUGAGGAGAACUCUGAUAACGUUGUCGUUGUGUUUGACGGUGUGACAGAUUUGGAAGAAAAUUCCAUCUUAUGGAAGAUCAUGAACCACGAGCUCCUGCCCGAUGCCAAGGUUAUCAUCACGUGCAGAUCAGAGGUGGAAGAUGAUGUCCUUUUCUCCAAUUGGCCAACACAGAAAGUGUAUGUCCAAGGAUUCAGUGAAGAGUCAAUCAAAACCUACUACCGGAAAAUGUUGGGUCAUGAUUCUGCUCUCCUGGAUGUUAUUUUGAAGAAUCAAGAGCUGUUCAGUCUUAGUCAUGUUCCAUUGUAUGCAUUCAUGAUUGUAGAUUUGAUUAAGUUUAAAAAUGACACUGUGUGCAACCACCCACACACAGUCACAGAGAUGUACAUCCACAUUUUCCGUCUUGCUGUGAAAAAACAUGGGAAUAAAAAAAAGCAUCAAAUAGAUGGGUACCUGAAAGAGAUGAAAGGCCAGUUUGAUCCCUUGAUGGAAAAUGCUUUCAGUGCAACUAUGCAGAAGUGCCUGAACCUUCCAGACGUUAGCAGUGACGAGACUGACGUUUGUCAUGCUUUUCUGAAAAUGAUCACAACAACAGACUCGCCAACAUCUGCAACGACGUACUGUGCAUUUCUCCACAACACAAUGCAGGAAUUCUUCUCAGCGUUGUGGCUUCUUGGACAUCCGGAUGAAAUUGAGAAAGUCCUACAACACUGUCUGACUGAGGAGCAUAAACAUAUGAGACAUGUCCUUCCUUACUUAUGCGGACUCCUGAGUGAACACAACAUCAGACUUCUGAACUGUCUCUUCCCAGAGGAUCAGAUCAUAAAAACAUCUGCCUGGUUCAUUAAGAAGCUGCUCGACAAUCUUCUCCAGUUUCAGAGUGAGAACGAAGAGUUUGAUCUUCUCUAUGUGUGUCAGUGCUUGUAUGAGCUCCAGUCUCCUAAAGCCUGCCGAAUGUUCCUGGAGAAGGUGGACCAUCAGCUUGAUCUAGAGGUUGAUCUUGAUCCUCAUCAGUGUUGUGCUUUGUCUUAUGUGAUCGGUCAGUCUAGGGAUGAAGAGGUUUAUUUGAAUCUGGAGGAUUGUAACAUGACUAAUGCAGGACUGAAAAUGAUGCUCACCUGCUCACCAAACAUCAGGUUCAAGACUUUUAAAGAACCACUCAAGGAAAUUAAAUUCUUUUCAGAAUUCUUCCAUGAAUUGUCACACUGCAGUUGCAGAUUUUCUGAACUGAGAGAACAAAACUCAGAAAAAUGCAAUGCUCUGCUGGAUCUUUACUCGCAUGUGAAGAACUAUGAGGCUCAAACAGGAAAGAGUUUUUUUAAAGCAUUUCAGUCCGUUUUCCUGUCACCUGACGUCUGGAUCGUAGAUCUCUCUCAGAGAAAGAGCUCUGUCCUCCUGGAACUGCUCAAACUACAACCAGACAAACCGGUCGAGCUGAGAGGAUGUUCAGAAGAAGAGAGUGAAGUGGUGAGAUUCCUUCAGUGUCUGCCCUACAUCUCACAGCUGAGCUGUUCUGAGCCGUGUUUGUUAACUCUAGUCAAAGUGGUCCAGUUAAGAGAGAAUCUACAGCUGGUGGGUUCACUGUAUGCGGUUCUUGGCUUCUCGUUAAAUCUAGAAGGACAAUUAACCAGCAAAACCUGCAGGUCUGUGGGGAGAUUUUUACAUUCCUUUUCUGAAAUAUUCAGUCUCACUCUAAAACCCAAAGCCAUCUCUGUCAGAGGAACGAGGCUUCUCUUCGGAGGCAUCACACACAUACACAUGCUCAGUCUGAGUGGUUAUAUGUUGGUGAAAAUAGUGCAGGCAUUGAGGUCUUCAAGGGUUCAAGUUCCCAUCACCGUUUGUAAACUCAAGCUUGUUCAGAAUGAUAAACAAAGGUCAGAGAGGAAUAUGUCCAGGGUCCUGAGCAGCUUAGGCAUCCUUCUGAGGCUCUGGACUGUCGAGUGUGUGAACUUGACUGAAUACACUAUUCAGUCUGCUUCUGUAUCUCUCCUGCUAUGUCACCAGAACCUGCCGAUUCUCAGACCAUCGAAGGAGACUCUCCAGAAGCUGGUUGAAUAUGUCUAUGAAGCUCAAGAAGAAGAACUGACUCGGUGCUUACUGCAGAAAGUGGGAGGGGAUUUGACUUCCUGUUCCUUAAACUGGGAAGAGCUUCGCUAUUUCCUGCUGAACAGAAUUCAACAUAUCACUGUGGACUUCAGAAAGACCAACAUUCAAUGCGCCAUCAGGGAAAUUCUGCCAUUCCUGGACAGGGUUAAGUUUAAUUGGGUGAGCUCUAGCUUCAUUCUGUCUGUAAUCGGAGAGAUCUACGAGUCCGAUUCAGUCAGUUUCGUGCCUGGUCUGUUGAGUUCGGUGGAGAACUACAUUAAUCUGCAGAGCAGAGAGCUGGACUCUGUUCACUGUAAAGCUCUGCGCUCCACACUGCAGCACUGCUCCGCUGUUACUCUCAAUCUAAUCGGGACCUCCAUACCAGAGGAAGAGCUGGAGGGCAUUCUGCCUCUCUUCAAACACGUGUCCCAGCUCAGUGUUGACAGGCUGCUGUUACUGAAGAUGCUUCACUGCUGCAGUGCCUCUGGUGUCCAGCAGGAGGCAGUAGCUGUUCUGCUCUCCGUCCUGCAGCACAAGCUGGACUUCUCCUGCCUCUCUGCUCAGAAUCUGACGACCAACACAGAUGUGGAGCCUCUACAUCUGACCGCCGACGACUGCCGCGUGAUAUCCACAGUCAUUCAGAGAGCUCAUGCAGACACAAAGACACAGCUGAUUCUGCAGGAUUGUGAGAUCAAUACAGCUGGAGUGCAUCAGCUGUUCUCAGUGUUCGAUUCUGUUCAGCUCUGCUGCUCUAAAUCUCUGCUGCUUCAGUUUCUGGCUCAUGUGAGUCUUGAGGAAGCCGAGUCUCUUUCUCGAGCUCUGGGUGAAGAGCUGGACCUCAGUCAGACUCCGCUGGACCCGCGCGUCUGUGGAGGUCUGAAGCUGAUUCUGGAAUAUUCCGAAGGCCUGACAGAACUGGAUCUGAGUCAGUGCCAUCUCACCGAUGAUAGCCUGGAUCUGCUGCUCCCAAACCUUCACAAAGCACAGAACAUAGAUUUUAGUGGCAACAGAAUCACUGACUUUGGGGCUCUAAAAAUCUACUUUAUUCUCGCUCCUGGGAGUAACAUCAAGACAUUAAGGCUCUUCAACAACAGAAUUAAAAAUAAAGAUUUCUUACACACAGACCCAAGAAUUGAGAUCUGUUGAUGCCAGUAAGCUCUCAACUCAACAAACGGGUCGAAUGACCUGUACACUCUCUUUGAGGAAUCUACCGACUAUAAGUAACUUUGCAAGUACAUGUCAGCUUAUCCUAACCCCAACCCUACCAGUCUACUAAUAGAGUUUGUAGUUAUAUAGGCCUAUAUUAACCCCUAUACUACAUUUUUUAAUAUCAACUUCAUUCCAGUGGAUAAAUCACACUUGCCUCAUUCCUGUGAUUGGAAUUUUUGUUUACUUUGUUAUAUGUUUACUUUGUUACUGAAUGAAAUACAAUCUGCUCCUUUGUUUAUUCGUGUGAAGUCCAACGUGCAAUUUAAUGUUUUACUUUUUUUUUUAACUUUCUCUAAGAGUUCAGUCAUCUUCAAUGAUAAUCGGGAUCCUGGUUUAUUUCAUACAUCUCUCCUUAAUUCUUCAUUAAACAGACUUUACAGUG